UUUCUUUUGAACAUUGUUAAAGAUGGCGGCGAGUUCACAUUCUUAAAUAAGAAGAAAUAAUGUAGAGGAUGAUGCAGUGUCUUUAUGUUAUCAUUUUCUAUUCGAUUCUUACCAAAGUAUGCAGCACCUUGGACACAAAUAUAUUAGAUCUUAAAGUCAAUUGUUCGCUGCUACAAUUCUGGCAGAAAGAUCAUGCAAGGGAAAACAAAAGCUGCGAUGCAAUGAAUGCUCCAGUGUAUCAUUGUGCUUGGAACAUUUUUACUCUACAGUAUGAGGAAAUCUGUCGAUCAAAACCUAUUUUGAUACGAAAAGGCAACAGACCAACAAUUCAAGGAGGACUGCAUUAUGGACCUUGUCCGUGGGACCAUUAUCAACCAUUCCAUGUUGUUUCUAAUCUAACAGUGGGCUGUGCAUUACAGAAGACAAAAUGUUCUGGCGAUGGACAAGUAGUAUAUGAAGACAAUGACCCUGAAAGUGACACGACGUGUCGGUGUGACUAUACUAAGGGAUAUGAUUUUGUCAAACCACCACGGCACAAUUGUUUUUGCAUUCCAUCUCAGGAAGAUUGUACUUGUUACGUUAAAACCUGCAGGAACAUGUUACAUGUGCUUGAUCCAGAAUACAACUGUGUGGAUGAAUACAACAUGUCAUCAUAUGAGAAUAAUAGGCAGUGUCUGCUUAUUCAGUUGAAAAAAGGAGCCAUUACAAAUAACGGUACAUCAAUCAAUAGCAUAUCUCUGAUUGACGCAGAUUCUUCUAGUCAUAAUGGUAUUACAGCCACAAUAACUCUGUGCUUGUUUCUAUUCUCUGGAUUGGUUUCAUUUAUUCUGUUUUUCACAACCCCACUGAAAGUUAUAAAAAGACAUGAUCAUCAUUACCAUAAUGCCACAGAAGGCGAUUCAGUGGAUAUAAUAUUAGAUGUGUAUGGUAUUGCAUUGAUGAAAGCUGAGGAGUUGAAUUUUAUCGACGAUAAAAAAGAGAAAAUUUCAAUGGACAAAAAUGACCGGUUUGAAUUUUCAAUAUCAGAAGAGAAAUAUUUGCAUACAACAAUUGAAUUGAAGAUAAAUAAUGUAUGCUUGGCUGAUGAUGGAGAUUAUGAAUAUUCGAUAAAGAACCUAAUCGGAUGUCAAUUCACCUGUCAGUGGAAUCUACGUGUUAAUGUGGACGGAAUGCAAGCUCAAAAAUUCGAAAACAAGAAGAAAAGAAUUAUAGAACACACAGAGAAGCGAAUUCAGAAACACAUAUCAGAAAAGACCUUUUUUGCCACAACUGCUGUAGAGAAAGGAAUCACAUUACUAGAUCCCUUUCAUAUUGUAGUUUUGGUGGGAACUGAAAAGUGUGGAAAAACAGAGGCCUGUCUUAGUAUAUGUGCCUCUUUAAAGGCAAAAGGUGUUGCAGCUAUAUUUAUGACGACAUCAAAUUUUGUUGAGGCUGAAAAUAUGUCUUACUUUGUAGAAAAGGACAAAAAAGAACUUUUUGUUUUUGAUAUUAAUAUGAAACCGACGGAGGAGGAUGCAUUUAAAAAUCUGUUUGCAGAGGCGAACUUACAUGCAAGUGAGAACUUUAAAAUUAUUUUUACAAUUAAAACAUCCAUCGGAAAGAAAGUUCUAGAGGGUUUUCCCCAAAGACAACAAGUAAUUAUUGACUCUUUCACUGAGGAUGACAAGAGAGGAAUAUUGAUGAACCACAUGCAAUAUAAUAAUAUAGAUGAAUGCAGAAACUACUUAGAAGCAAAUUAUGAAGAUUUAGAAAAUGUGCAAGAUGGCGAGAAAAUAAAGAUACCCAGAAAGGUAAUUGAUGACAUCGUCGAAGCUGAAACAACAGGUCAAUUCCCAGAAUUGUGUAAAUCUUUUUGCAGUAUUCGAUCAUUAUUACCAUUAGAGGACAGAUACUUCAAAAACCCAUCGAAGUCUUUAAUUCAUGACAUUCACCAGCUUCGUUCCAAACCAGAAACGAAAGUUUUAUAUGUCACUUUAGUGUAUGUGUUGAUGAAAGAUACUUUCCGAGAGGGAGAGGAUCAAGAACGUACAAUCGAUAUAAUUUGUGCUCAAAUGAAGAUUGAUGCAUAUCAUCUAUACAACAUAAAGGAUGCUGCAAUAGAACUACAAAACAAAUACAACUAUCUUUUAGAAAAAAGCGGACGUUUUAUGUUCAGUAACGACAGGGUAAAGAAAGCAGUUUGGAUAUCAUAUAUGGAUAUCAAUCCAAUAUACUGUGUUAUGCAUUGUCAGUGGGAAUAUGUUUCAGAUCUUUUGAGACCAAGCGCGUGGAAUGUACAGGAUAACGAUGUUUGUAUUACAGUUAAAACACCUGAACUUACUAGAAGACUCAAUGCUGAAAUGAAAGACAUAGGAUCUGCUUGGUCUGUUGGUACAUAUCUUCGUAAAUUGUCCGAAAAAGGUAAAGAACUAACUGAUGCUUUUUGUGCUUGUGUUACUGAAACUGAAAAGCAUAAAAACAAAACUGACAUUCUACUUAGUUUUUUUAAUGGCAUAUCGGACUUGGGCAAUUAUGAUAAGGUAUUCAGCUUUAGCAAAUCCAUCAAAGAUAUAGUCAUGUGGCCUCAUCUAGAUGAAAAUGACAAUUCUAUUCUUCACUUUUGCAUCAUUCAAGAUUUUAAGUUUAUGUGCAAUGAUAAUUCCGAAGAAUUUGGAAAAGCAUUUAUCAACAUGAAAAAUAAAAAGAAUUACAGUCCAUGUGCUAUUGCCGUUUAUUUUGGAAGAGACACAAUAUUGAAAAAACAUGCUGAACAAAUCCCCGAAGAGUAUGAAUACUAUACAGUUUUAAAGUACAUGCUCUCACACGGAGAAAAAAAUGCUAGCCAAAGUAUGAAACCAAAUGAUUUAAUUUUUUUAGACAUCGACUUGCCCCUGAAUUUAGUAAAGAAUGUAAAAUUCGGCGAACGAAAAAAGUAUACUACUAUUAAUAAGAUUUUAGCUGCAUUAAAAAGAAAAACAAUGAUAAUGAUAAGAAUACAUGGACUUCCUCCUAAAAUUAAGAAUGAUUCAGUUAAGGAUACACUUACUUCGUGCGGCUGUGAUGUUUUAAAAGUAUAUCCAGAAAAGUACAGAGAAAAGGGCGACUUAACAAAUUUAAAAACCGGUGAUCUCAUUGCAGUUUGCAAAUUUACAAACAAGUCUCUGCCGUCAGAGUUGACAAUCAGAGAACACAAUGUGACAGCGGAGAUAAUGAUGAGAAUAAAAAUAUCCAAGCUGCCAUCUUAUAUCAAAGAUUAUCAAAUUCAUAACGCUUUGUCAUUGCAAAAAUGUACGGUCAAAGAACUCUUUCCGGAAAUGAAACAAGCCACAGGAGGCAAAUUAAUUGAUUAUACAGCAGUGUGUUCUUCAAUGGAAAACACUUUACCUCAAACAAUUCAUAUAGACCAAUACGAAUGUGAUACGUCAGUGAUGACAACCAUUAGAUUUAAAAAUCUAACAGAACAAAUAAACGCUUCGGAAAUUGAAAAUCUGCUUAGACAACAUCAUUAUGAUGUUGACAAUAUCUAUCGGGAAAAACGAAGAAAGGAAGGAAAGUUGACCAACAUAAAAACAGGUGAUCGCAUCGCAUUUUGCAAGCCAUUUUCACAUCAGCUUCCACCCAGUCUUGCAUUCGGCGAUCUUCCGGAGAAAUAUAAAAUACAGCGGGAAUAGUGUUUUUUUGUUGUUGUUGAACAGAUUGAACACCAUUACCUAACAAAAAAAGACAAAUUAUAAAUGGUAGCAUAUUUCUAAUGAUUGUUGUUAGUUGUGUAAAAAUGUUAUCAUAUAAAAGUGUAUAUGACGAAAAAAAUAAUAUA